AUGGAAUUGAACUUUGAAGGAAAAAAGGUUCCGAAUAAAAAAAAACAUAUUAAAGCUACUUUAGUACCCAAUAAAAAAGCCAGUAAGAUCGCUUGUGACACUUCAGAAAAUGGGCUAGGGACUGUGAUUUUUUAUAAUGUCAGAGGAGUGAGGAACACCUUAUCAUUUAAGCGUCUCAAACAUGCUCUCAUUGUGGGUCGUAAACUGCUACAACUGUGUUUAUUGACCGGUGGAAGAGAUCGUAUAUAUUUAGAUAGAGAAAUAUUUCAAUCUCGACCCAUAUCAUUCACGCAUAAGAUUCCCACGAAUGUGCAAUUCUUUUCCGUUAGAAAGUUUGCUGCUCAGACGGCCUGUAACUUUGAAUUGCUUUUUUAUGUACCCCCGAUAUAUGUGAUAGGUGUUAGAAUAGGUGCUACUACAAAUAUAGUCUCUACCGCCAAUACAGCAAUAGAAUACAAUGCUAAUGGGCUAAGGGUGGUUGUCCGCCGAGAAUUACCCAAUAUUGGAAUCUAUAAAAGAUUUAGAUUUUAUGUUAGAAAUUCAGUGGCAUCUAACAUUCUUGAUGUAGCCUUUGAGACUUUAGUUGGUAACCAGGCAAAGGUUUUAGAAGGCACUAUCUAUUACAAUAAUGGAAUUGUACCAAUAAAUCGGGAAGGAACAGUGGUAAUCGGUAUGAAUAGAACCGAAACAACCAAUAUUGUGACUAAUAUUACUUCUACUACCAAUUCUACAAUGACAAAUACAAUAUCUAAUUCUACCACAAUUAGCACUAAUACAAUAUCAAAUGCUAAUAUUACGUUAAGUACUAUAACCCCGAAUAGAACAGGAAGUAGGGGACUAACUAAUCAAAAGCAAAGAAGUAGUAGAGAACCAAAACAUAUUAGAACUAAGAAGAAGAAAACUAGAGUUCCUAAAAGCACGAAUACCCAUGGAACUAUUAGAAAACAUAAAACCAAGAAGUGGACAAAAAUGUCUGAGCCUGGAUUUACAAGAAUCGCGAAAACUACUAAAACAUAUAAAAAUACGAGAAAGCUAAGACCUACAAAACGGAAAACAACUAAACUAAGAACAACUAGAACACCAAUAUCUACUAGGACACCGAAAACAAAUAAACCAAAAACUACAACUACUAAAACCCCCGUUAUAACUAGAAAACCAAAAACAACCAGAGCGAAAACCACUAAACAUAGAACGUCUUUAAUUACUACCAAAACACAUAAAACCCAUAGAUCAAAAUCGUCUAAAGUUAGAAGUCCUAAAACUACUAGAACACCCGUUACAACUAGAAAACCAAAAACAACCAGAGCGAAAACCACUAAACAUAGAAAAUCUUUAAUUACUACCAAAACACAUAAAGCUACUAGAUUAAAAUCUACUAAAACUAGAAGUCCUAAAACUACUAGAACCGCUGAAACUACUAAAAAACCAAAGACCACAAGAGAUAAAACCAUUAAACAUAGAACGUCUUUAAUAACCACUAGAACAGAUAAAACAAUUAGACCAAAAACUACAAACACUAGAAGUCCUAAAACUACUAGAACCCUCGUUAAAACUAGAAAACCAAAAACCACAAGAGCGAAAUCAACUAAACAUAAGACAUCUUUAAUUACUAAAAAAACACAUAAAACUAGUAGAUCAAAAUCUACUAAAAAAAUAACUAAAAGUCAUAAAACUACUAGAACUCCCGAAACAACAAGAAAACCAAAGACCACAAGAGCCAAAACCUCUAAACAUAGAACGUCUUUAAUUACUAUUAGAACAGAUAAAACUUUUAGAUCAAAAACUAAAAAAACUAGAAGUCCUAAAACUACUAUAACCCCUAUUACAACUAGAAAACCAAAAACAAAAAAAACGAAAAUAACUAAACCUAGAAAGUCUCUAAAAACUACCAGAACACAUAAAACUAUUAUAUCAAAAACUACAAAAAUGAGAACUAGAAGUUCUAAAAUUACUAGAACCCACGUUUCAACUAGAAAACCAAAAACAAACAAAGCGAAAACAACUAAACAUAGAACGUCUAUAAUUAUUACCAAAAAACAUAAAAAUACUAGAUCAAAAUCUACUAAAACUAGAAAUCAAAAUCUAGUAAAACAAGAAGUCCUAAAACUACUAGAACAGCCGAAACUACUAGAAAACAAAAAACCACCAAAGCAACUAAACCUGAAAACUACUAAAAAAAGAACUAAAAGUACUAAAACUACUAGAACACGGAAAACUACUAGAAGUCUAAAAACCACUAAAGCAAAAACCACUAAACCUAAAACGUUUUUAAGAACUACUCGAACACAUAAAACCACUCAACCAAAAACUACUAAAAAAACAACUAGAAGACCAAAAACCACCAAAGCGAAAACCAUUAAACCUAUAUCGUCUUCUAGAAUUCCUAGAACACAUAAAACAAGUAAACCGAAAACUACUAAAAAAAGAACUAAAAGUCCUAAAACUACUAAAAUCCGGAAGACUACAAGAAGACAAAAAACCACUAGAGCAAAAAUUACUAAACCUAGAACAUCUUUAAGAACUAUUCGAACACAUAAAACCACUCAACCAAAAACUACUAAAAAAACAACUAGAAGACCAAAAACCACCAAAGCGAAAACCAUUAAACCUAUAACGUCUUCUAGAACUCCUAGAACACAUAAAACAAGUAAACCGAAAACUACAAAAAAAAGAACUAGGAGACCAAAAACCACCAAAGCGAAAACGACUAAACCUAUAACGUCUUCUAGAACUACUAGAACAUAUAAAACGACUAAACCGAAAACUACUAAAAAAAGAACUAAAAGUCCUAAAACUACUAGAACACGUAAAACUACUAGAAGACUAAAAACCACUAGAGCAAAAACCACUAAACGUAGAACGUCUUUAAGAACUACUCGUACACAUAAAACCACUCAACCAAAAACUACUAAAAAAACAACUAGAAGAUCAAAAACCACCAAAGCGAAAACCAUUAAACCUAUAACGUCUUCUAGAACUCCUAGAACACAUAAAACAAGUAAACCGAAAACUACUAAAAAAAGAACUAAAAGUCCUAAAACUACUAGAACACGUAAAACUACUAGAGGACUAAAAAUAACUAGAGCAAAAACCACAAAACGUAGAACGUCUUUAAGAACUACUCGAACACAUAAAACCACACAACCAAAAACUACUAAAAAAACAACUAGAAGACCAAAAACCACCAAAGCGAUAACCACUAAACCUAGAACUUCUUCCAGAACUACUAGAACACAUAAAACAACUAAACCGAAAACUACUAAAAAAAGAACUAAAAGUCCUAAAACUACUAGAACACGUAAAACUACUAGAGGACUAAAAAUAACUAGAGCAAAAACCACAAAACGUAGAACGUCUUUAAGAACUAUUCGAACACAUAAAACCACUCAACCAAAAACUACUAAAAAAACAACUAGAAGACCAAAAACCACCAAAGCGAUAACUACUAAACCUAGAACCUCUUCCAGAAUUACUAGAACACAUAAAACAAUUAAACCGAAAACUACUAGAAAAAGAACUAAAAGUCCUAAAACUACUAGAACACGGAAAACUACUAGAAGACUAAAAACCACUAGAGCAAAAACCACUAAACGUAGAACUUCUUUAAGAACAACUCGAACACAUAAAACCACUCAACCAAAAACUACUAAAAAAAUAACUAGAAGACCAAAAACCACCAAAGCGAAAACCACUAAACCAAGAACGUCUUCUACAACUACUAGAACAUAUAAAACGACUAAACCGAAAACGACUAAAAAAAGAACUAAAAGUCCUAAAACUACUAGAACACGUAAAACUACUAGAGGACUAAAAACCACUAGAGCAAAAACCACAAAACGUAGAACGUCUUUAAGAACUACUCGAACACAUAAAACCACUCAACCAAAAACUACUAAAAAAACAACUAGAAGACCAAAAACCACCAAAGCGAAAACCACUAAACCAAGAACGUCUUCUAAAACUACUAGAACACAUAAAACGACUAAACCGAAAACGACUAAAAAAAGAACUAAAAGUCCUAAAACUACUAGAACACGGAAAACUACUAGAAAAAUAAAAACCACAAAACGUAGAACGUCUUUAAGAACUACUCGAACACAUAAAACCACUCAACCAAAAACUAGUAAAAAAACAACUAAAAGAACAAAAACCAAAAAAGCAAAAACCACUAAACCUAGAACAUCUUAUAGAACUACUAGAACACAUAAAACAACUAAACCGAAAACUACUAAAAAAAGAACUAAAAGCAUUAAAACUACUAGAACACGGAAAACUACUAGAAGACUAAAAACCACUAGAGCAAAAACCACUAAACGUAGAACGUCUUUAAGAACUACUCGAACACAUAAAACCACUCAACCAAAAACUACUAAAAAAAAAACUAGAAGACCAAAAACCACCAAAGCGAAAACCAUUAAACCUAUAACGUCUUCUAGAACUCCUAGAACACAUAAAACAAGUAAACCGAAAACUACUAAAAAAAGAACUAAAAGUCCUAAAACUACUAGAACACGUAAAACUACUAGAGGACUAAAAAUAACUAGAGCAAAAACCACAAAACGUAUAACGUCUUUAAGAACUACUCGAACACAUACAACCACUCAACCAAAAACUACUAAAAAAACAACUAGAAGACCAAAAACCACCAAAGCGAAAACCACUAAACCUAGAACGUCUUCUAAAACUACUAGAACACAUAAAACAACUAAACCGAAAACGACUAAAAAAAGAACUAAAAGUCCUAAAACUACUAGAACACGGAAAACUACUAGAGGACUAAAAAUAACUAGAGCAAAAACCACAAAACGUAGAACGUCUUUAAGAACUACUCGAACACAUAAAACCACUCAACCAAAAACUACUAAAAAAACAACUAGAAGACCAAAAACCACCAAAGCGAAAACCACUAAACCAAGAACGUCUUCUAAAACUACUAGAACACAUAAAACGACUAAACCGAAAACGACUAAAAAAAGAACUAAAAGUCCUAAAACUACUAGAACACGUAAAACUACUAGAAGACUAAAAACCACAAAACGUAGAACAUCUUUAAGAACUACUCGAACACAUAAAACCACUCAACCAAAAACUACUAAAAAAACAACUAGAAGACCAAAAACCACCAAAGCGAAAACCACUAAACCAAGAACGUCUUCUAAAACUACUAGAACACAUAAAACGACUAAACCGAAAACGACUAAAAAAAGAACUAAAAGUCCUAAAACUACUAGAACACGGAAAACUACUAGAAGACUAAAAACCACAAAACGUAGAACAUCUUUAAGAACUACUCGAACACAUAAAACCACUCAACCAAAAACUACUAAAAAAACAACUAGAAGACCAAAAACCACCAAAGCGAAAACCACUAAACCUAGAACAACUAAAAGUCCUAAAACUACUAGAACACGGAAAACUACUAGAGGACUAAAAAUAACUAGAGCAAAAACCACAAAACGUAGAACGUCUUUAAGAACUACUCGAACACAUAAAACCACUCAACCAAAAACUACUAAAAAAACAACUAGAAGACCAAAAACCACCAAAGCGAAAACCAAUAAACCAAGAACGUCUUCUAAAACUACUAGAACACAUAAAACGACUAAACCGAAAACGACUAAAAAAAGAACUAAAAGUCCUAAAACUACUAGAACACGGAAAACUACUAGAAAAAUAAAAACCACAAAACGUAGAACGUCUUUAAGAACUACUCGAACACAUAAAACCACUCAACCAAAAACUAGUAAAAAAACAACUAAAAGAACAAAAACCAAAAAAGCAAAAACCACUAAACCUAGAACAUCUUAUAGAACUACUAGAACACAUAAAACCACUAAACCGAAAACUACUAAAAAAAGAACUAAAAGCAUUAAAACUACUAGAACACGGAAAACUACUAGAAGACUAAAAACCACUAGAGCAAAAACCACUAAACGUAGAACGUCUUUAAGAACUACUCGAACACAUAAAACCACUCAACCAAAAACUACUAAAAAAAAAACUAGAAGACCAAAAACCACCAAAGCGAAAACCAUUAAACCUAUAACGUCUUCUAGAACUCCUAGAACACAUAAAACAAGUAAACCGAAAACUACUAAAAAAAGAACUAAAAGUCCUAAAACUACUAGAACACGUAAAACUACUAGAGGACUAAAAAUAACUAGAGCAAAAACCACAAAACGUAGAACGUCUUUAAGAACUACUCGAACACAUACAACCACUCAACCAAAAACUACUAAAAAAACAACUAGAAGACCAAAAACCACCAAAGCGAAAACCACUAAACCAAGAACGUCUUCUAAAACUACUAGAACACAUAAAACGACUAAACCGAAAACGACUAAAAAAAGAACUAAAAGUCCUAAAACUACUAGAACACGGAAAACUACUAGAAGACUAAAAACCACAAAACCGAAAACCACUAAACCUAGAACAUCUUAUAGAACUACUAGAACACAUAAAACAACUAAACCGAAAACUACUAAAAAAAGAACUAAAAGUCCUAAAACUACUAGAACACGGAAAACUACUAGAAGACUAAAAACCACAAAACGUAGAACAUCUUUAAGAACUACUCGAACACAUAAAACCACUCAACCAAAAACUACUAAAAAAACAACUAGAAGACCAAAAACCACCAAAGCGAAAACCACUAAACCUAGAACGUCUUCUAAAACUACUAGAACACAUAAAACAACUAAACCGAAAACGACUAAAAAAAGAACUAAAAGUCCUAAAACUACUAGAACACGGAAAACUACUAGAGGACUAAAAAUAACUAGAGCAAAAACCACAAAACGUAGAACGUCUUUAAGAACUACUCGAACACAUAAAACCACUCAACCAAAAACUACUAAAAAAACAACUAGAAGACCAAAAACCACCAAAGCGAAAACCACUAAACCAAGAACGUCUUCUAAAACUACUAGAACACAUAAAACGACUAAACCGAAAACGACUAAAAAAAGAACUAAAAGUCCUAAAACUACUAGAACACGUAAAACUACUAGAAGACUAAAAACCACAAAACGUAGAACAUCUUUAAGAACUACUCGAACACAUAAAACCACUCAACCAAAAACUACUAAAAAAACAACUAGAAGACCAAAAACCACCAAAGCGAAAACCACUAAACCAAGAACGUCUUCUAAAACUACUAGAACACAUAAAACGACUAAACCGAAAACGACUAAAAAAAGAACUAAAAGUCCUAAAACUACUAGAACACGGAAAACUACUAGAAGACUAAAAACCACAAAACGUAGAACAUCUUUAAGAACUACUCGAACACAUAAAACCACUCAACCAAAAACUACUAAAAAAACAACUAGAAGACCAAAAACCACCAAAGCGAAAACCACUAAACCUAGAACGUCUUCUAAAACUACUAGAAUACAUAAAACAACUAAACCGAAAACGACUAAAAAAAGAACUAAAAGUCCUAAAACUACUAGAACACGGAAAACUACUAGAGGACUAAAAAUAACUAGAGCAAAAACCACAAAACGUAGAACGUCUUUAAGAACUACUCGAACACAUAAAACCACUCAACCAAAAACUACUAAAAAAAUAACUAGAAGACCAAAAACCACCAAAGCGAAAACCAAUAAACCAAGAACGUCUUCUAAAACUACUAGAACACAUAAAACGACUAAACCGAAAACGACUAAAAAAAGAACUAAAAGUCCUAAAACUACUAGAACACGGAAAACUACUAGAAGACUAAAAACCACUAGAGGAAAAUACACUAAACGUAGAACGUCUUUAAGAACUACUCGAACACAUAAAACCACUCAACCAAAAACUAGUAAAAAAACAACUAAAAGACCAAAAAUCACCAAAGCGAAAACCACUAAACCUAGAACAUCUUAUAGAACUACUAGAUCACAUAAAACAACUAAACCGAAAACUACUAAAAAAAGAACUAAAAGUAUUAAAACUACUAGGACACGGAAAACUACUAGAAGACUAAAAACAACUAGAGCAAAAACCACUAAACGUAGAACGUCUUUAAGAACUACUCGAACACAUAAAACCACUCAACCAAAAACUACUAAAAAAAAAACUAGAAGACCAAAAACCACCAAAGCGAAAACCAUUAAACCUAUAACGUCUUCCAGAACUACUAGAACACAUAAAACAACUAAACCGAAAACUACUAAAAAAAGAACUAAAAGUCCUAAAACUACUAGAACACGGAAAACAAGUAGAAGACUAAAAACCACUAGAGGAAAAACCACUAAACGUAGAACGUCUUUAAGAACUAUUCAAACACAUAAAACCACUCAACCAAAAACUACUAAAAAAACAACUAGAAGACCAAAAACCACCAAAGCGAUAACCACUAAACCUAGAACUUCUUCCAGAACUACUAGAACACAUAAAACGACUAAACCGAAAACUACUAAAAAAAGAACUAAAAGUCCUAAAACUACUAGAACACGGAAAACUACUAGAACACGGAAAACUACUAGAAGACUAAAAACCACUAAAUCAAAAACCACUAAACGUAGAACGUCUUUAAGAACAACUCGAACACAUAAAACCACUCAACCAAAAACUACUAAAAAAACAACUAGAAGACCAAAAACCACCAAAGCAAAAACCAUUAAACCUAUAACGUCUUUUAGUACUCAUAGAACACAUAUAACAAGUAAACCGAAAACUACUAAAAAAAGAACUAAAAGUCCUAAAACUACUAGAACACGUAAAACUACUAGAAGACUAAAAACCACAAGAGCAAAAACCACUAAACGUAGAACGUCUUUAAGAACUACUCGAACACAUAAAACCACUCACCCAAAAACUACUAAAAAAACAACUAGAAGACCAAAAACCACCAAAGCGAUAACCACUAAACCUAGAACUUCUUCCAGAACUACUAGAACACAUAAAACAACUAAACCGAAAACUACUAAAAAUAGAACUAAAAGUCCUAAAACUACUAGAACACGGAAAACUACUAGAACACGGAAAACUACUAAAAGACUAAAAACCACUAGAGCAAAAACCACUAAACGUCGAACGUCUUUCAGAUCAACUCGAACACAUAAAACCACUCAACCAAAAACUACUAAAAAAACAACUAGAAGACCAAAAACCACCAUAGCGAAAACCACUAAAUCUAGAACGUCUUCUAAAACUACUAGAACACAUAAAACGACUAAACCGAAAACUACUAAAAAAAGAACUAAAAGUCCUAAAACUACUAGAACACGGAAAACUACUAGAAGACUAAAAACCACUAGAGCAAAAACCACUAAACGUAGAACGUCUUUAAGAACUACUAGAACACAUAAAACCACUCAACCAAAAACUACUAAAAAAACAACUAGAAGACCAAAAACCACCAAAGCGAAAACCACUAAACCAAGAACGUCUUCUAAAACUACUAGAACACAUAAAACGACUAAACCGAAAACGACUAAAAAAAGAACUAAAAGUCCUAAAACUACUAGAACACGAAAAACUACUAGAAGACUAAAAACCACAAAACGUAGAACGUCUUUAAGAACUACUCGAACACAUAAAACCACUCAACCAAAAACAACUAAAAGACCAAAAACCACCAAAGCGAAAACCACUAAACCUAGAACGUCUUCUAGAACUACUAGAACACAUAAAACAACUAAACCGAAAACUACUAAAAAAAGAACUAAAAGUCCUAAAACUACUAGAACACGGAAAACUACUAGAACACGGAAAACUACUAGAAGACUAAAAACCACUAAACGUAGAACGUCUUUAAGAACAAUUCGAACACAUAAAACCACUCAACCAAAAACUACUAAAAAAACAACUAGAAGACCAAAAACCACCAAAGCGAAAACAAUUAAACCUAUAACGUCUUUUAGAACUCCUAGAACACAUAUAACAAGUAAACCGAAAACUACUAAAAAGAGAACUAAAAGUCCUAAAACUACUAGAACACGUAAAACUACUAGAAGACUAAAAACCACUAGAGCAAAAACCACUAAACGUAGAACGUCUUUAAGAACAACUCGAACACAUAAAACCACUCACCCAAAAACUACUAAAAAAACAACUAGAAGACCAAAAACCACCAAAGCGAUAACUACUAAACCUAGAACCUCUUCCAGAAUUACUAGAACACAUAAAACAAUUAAACCGAAAACUACUAAAAAAAGAACUAAAAGUCCUAAAACUACAAGAACACGGAAAACUACUAGAAGACUAAAAACCACUAGAGCAAAAACCACUAAACAUAGAACUUCUUUAAGAACAACUCGAACACAUAAAACCACUCAACCAAAAACUACUAAAAAAAUAACUAGAAGACCAAAAACCACCAAAGCGAAAAUUACUAAACCAAGAACGUCUUCUACAACAACUAGAACACAUAAAACGACUAAACCGAAAACGACUAAAAAAAGAACUAAAAGUCCUAUAACUACUAGAACACGUAAAACUACUAGAGGACUAAAAACCACUAGAGCAAAAACCACAAAACGUAGAACGUCUUUAAGAACUACUCGAACACAUAAAACCACUCAACCUAAAACUACUAAAAAAACAACUAGAAGACCAAAAACCACCAAAGCGAAAACCACUAAACCAAGAACGUAUUCUAAAACUACUAGAACACAUAAAACGACUAAACCGAAAACGACUAAAAAAAGAACUAAAAGUCCUAAAACUACUAGAACACGGAAAACUACUAGAAGACUAAAAACCACAAAACGUAGAACGUCUUUAAGAACUACUCGAACACAUAAAACCACUCAACCAAAAACUACUAAAAAAACAACUAGAAGACUAAAAACCACCAAAGCGAUAACCACUAAACCUAGAACGUCUUCUAGAACUACUAGAACACAUAAAACAACUAAACCGAAAACUACUAAAAAAAGAACUAAAAGUCCUAAAACUACUAGAACACGUAAAACUACUAGAAGACUAAAAACCACUAGAGCAAUAACCACUAAACGUAGAACGUCUUUAAGAACUACUCGAACACAUAAAACCACUCACCCAAAAACUACUAAAAAAACAACUAGAAGACCAAAAACCACCAAAGCGAUAACCACUAAACCUAGAACGUCUUCUAGAACUACUAGAACACAUAAAACAACUAAACCGAAAACUACUAAAAAAAGAACUAAAAGUCCUAAAACUACUAGAACACGUAAAACUACUAGAAGACUAAAAACCACUAGAGCAAUAACCACUAAACGUAGAACGUCUUUAAGAACUACUCGAACACAUAAAACCACUCACCCAAAAACUACUAAAAAAACAACUAGAAGACCAAAAACCACCAAAGCGAUAACUACUAAACCUAGAACCUCUUCCAGAAUUACUAGAACACAUAAAACGACUAAACCGAAAACUACUAAUAAAAGAACUAAAAGUCCUAAAACUACUAGAACACGGAAAACUACUAGAAAACUAAAAACCACUAGAGCAAAAACCACAAAACGUAGAACGUCUUUAAGAACUACUCGAACACAUAAAACCACUCAACCUAAAACUACUAAAAAAACAACUAGAAGACCAAAAACCACCAAAGCGAAAACCACUAAACCAAGAACAAGACUAAAAACCACAAAACGUAGAACGUCUUUAAGAACUACUCGAACACAUAAAACCACUCAACCAAAAACUACUAAAAAAACAACUAGAAGACCAAAAACCACCAAAGCGAUAACCACUAAACCUAGAACGUCUUCUAGAACUACUAGAACACAUAAAACAACUAAACCGAAAACUACUAAAAAAAGAACUAAAAGUCCUAAAACUACUAGAACACGGAAAACUACUAGAAGACUAAAAACCACUAGAGCAAAAACCACUAAACGUAGAACGUCUUUAAGAACUACUCGAACACAUAAAACCACUCACCCAAAAACUACUAAAAAAACAACUAGAAGACCAAAAACCACCAAAGCGAUAACUACUAAACCUAGAACCUCUUCCAGAAUUACUAGAACACAUAAAACAAUUAAACCGAAAACUACUAAAAAAAGAACUAAAAGUCCUAAAACUACAAGAACACGGAAAACUACUAGAAGACUAAAAACCACUAGAGCAAAAACCACUAAACAUAGAACUUCUUUAAGAACAACUCGAACACAUAAAACCACUCACCCAAAAACUACUAAAAAAACAACUAGAAGACCAAAAACCACCAAAGCGAUAACUACUAAACCUAGAACCUCUUCCAGAAUUACUAGAACACAUAAAACAAUUAAACCGAAAACUACUAAAAAAAGAACUAAAAGUCCUAAAACUACAAGAACACGGAAAACUACUAGAAGACUAAAAACCACUAGAGCAAAAACCACUAAACAUAGAACUUCUUUAAGAACAACUCGAACACAUAAAACCACUCAACCAAAAACUACUAAAAAAAUAACUAGAAGACCAAAAACCACCAAAGCGAAAACCACUAAACCAAGAACGUCUUCUACAACUACUAGAACACAUAAAACGACUAAACCGAAAACGACUAAAAAAAGAACUAAAAGUCCUAAAACUACUAGAACACGGAAAACUACUAGAAGACUAAAAACCACUAGAGCAAAAACCACUAAACGUAGAACGUCUUUAAGAACUACUCGAACACAUAAAACCACUCACCCAAAAACUACUAAAAAAACAACUAGAAGACCAAAAACCACCAAAGCGAUAACUACUAAACCUAGAACCUCUUCCAGAAUUACUAGAACACAUAAAACAAUUAAACCGAAAACUACUAAAAAAAGAACUAAAAGUCCUAAAACUACAAGAACACGGAAAACUACUAGAAGACUAAAAACCACUAGAGCAAAAACCACUAAACAUAGAACUUCUUUAAGAACAACUCGAACACAUAAAACCACUCAACCAAAAACUACUAAAAAAAUAACUAGAAGACCAAAAACCACCAAAGCGAAAACCACUAAACCAAGAACGUCUUCUACAACUACUAGAACACAUAAAACGACUAAACCGAAAACGACUAAAAAAAGAACUAAAAGUCCUAAAACUACUAGAACACGUAAAACUACUAGAGGACUAAAAACCACUAGAGCAAAAACCACAAAACGUAGAACGUCUUUAAGAACUACUCGAACACAUAAAACCACUCAACCAAAAACUACUAAAAAAACAACUAUAAGACCAAAAACCACCAAAGCGAAAACCACUAAACCAAGAACGUCUUCUAAAACUACUAGAACACAUAAAACGACUAAACCGAAAACGACUAAAAAAAGAACUAAAAGUCCUAAAACUACUAGAACACGGAAAACUACUAGAAGACUAAAAACCACAAAACGUAGAACGUCUUUAAGAACUACUCGAACACAUAAAACCACUCAACCAAAAACUACUAAAAAAACAACUAGAAGACCAAAAACCACCAAAGCGAUAACCACUAAACCUAGAACGUCUUCUAGAACUACUAGAACACAUAAAACGACUAAACCGAAAACUACUAAAAAAAGAACUAAAAGUCCUAAAACUACUAGAACACGUAAAACUACUAGAAGACUAAAAACCACUAGAGCAAUAACCAAUAAACGUAGAACGUCUUUAAGAACUACUAGAACACAUAAAACCACUCAACCAAAAACAACUAAAAAAACAACUAGAAGACCAAAAACCACCAAAGCGAAAACCACUAAACCUAGAACUUCUUCUAGAACUACUAGAACACAUAAAACGACUAAACCGAAAACUACUAAUAAAAGAACUAAAAGUCCUAAAACUACUAGAACACGGAAAACUACUAGAAAACUAAAAACCACUAGAGCAAAAACCACUAAACGUAGAAAGUCUUUAAGAACUACUCGAACACAUAAAACCACUCAACCAAUAACUACUAAAAAAACAACUAUAAGGCCAAAAACCACCAAAGCGAAAACCACUAAACCUAGAACGUCUUCUAGAACUACUAGAAAAUUUAAAACAACUAAAUCGAAAACGAUUAAAAAAAGAACUAAAAGUCCUAAAACUACUAGAACACAUAAAACAAUUAAACCGAAAACUAUUAGAAAAAGAACUAAAAGUCCUAAAACUACUAAAAUACGGAAAACUACUAGAAGACGAAAAACCAGUAGAGCGAAAAUUACUAAACCUAGAACAUCUUUAAGAACUACUAGAACACAUAAAAUCAGUCAACCAAAAACUACUAAAAAAACAACUAGAAGACCAAAAACCUCCAAAGCGAUAUCCAUUAAACCUAUAACGUUUUCUAGAACUCCUAGAACACAUAAAAUAACAAAACCGAAAACUACUAAAAAAAGAACUAAAAGUCCUAAAACUACUAGAACACGGAAUACUACUAGAAGACUAAAAACCACUAGAGCAAAAAUCACUAAACGUAGAACGUCUUUAAGAACUACUAGAACACAUAAAACCACUCAACCAAAAACUACUAAGAAAACAACUAGAAGACCAAAAACCACCAAAGCGAUAACCACUAAACCCAUAACGUCCUCUAGAACUACUAGAACACAUAAAACAACUAAACCGAAAACUACUAAAAAAAGAACUAAAAGUCCUAAAACUACUACAACACGGAAAACUACUAGAAAACCAAAAACCACUAGAGCAAAAACGACUAAACCUAGAACGUCUUUAAGAAUUACUCGAACACAUAAAACCACUCAACCAAAAACUACUAAAAAAACAACUAGAAGACCAAAAACCACCAAAGCGAAAACCACUAAACCUAGAACGUCUUCUAGAACUACUAGAACACAUCAAACAACUAAACCGAAAAUUACUAAGAAAAGAACUAAAAGUCCUAAAACUACUAGAACACAUAAAACAAUUAAACCGAAAACUAUUAGAAAAAGAACUAAAAGUCCUAAAACUACUAAAAUACGGAAAACUACUAGAAGACUAAAAACCACUAGAGCAAAAACCACUAAACGUAGAACGUCUUUAAGAACUACUCAAACACAUAAAACCCCUCAACCAAAAACUACUAAAAAAACAACUAGAAGACCAAAAAUCACCAAAGCGAUAACCACUAAACCUAGAAUUACUUCCAGAACUACUAGAACACAUAAAACAACUAAACCGAAAACUACUAAAAAAAGAACUAAAAGUCCUAAAACUACUAGAACACGGAAAACUACUAGAAGACUAAAAACCACUAGAGCAAAAACCACUAAACGUAGAACGUCUUUAAGAACUACUCGAACACAUAAAACGACUCAAACAAAAACUACUAAAAAUAGAACUAGAAGACCAAAAACCACCAAAGCGAAAACCACUAAACCUAGAACUACUAGAACAUAUAAAACGAUUAAACCGAAAACUACUAAAAAAAGAACUAAAAGUCCUAAAACUACUAGAACACGGAAAACUACUAGAAAACUAAAAACCACUAGAGCAAAAACCACUAAACGUAGAACUUCUGUAAGAACUACUCGAACACAUAAAAUCAAUCAACCAAAAACUUACAAAAAAAAAACUAGAAGACCAAAAACCACCAAAGCGAAAACCACUAAACCUAGAACGUCUUCUAGAACUACUAGAACACAUAAAACGACUCAACCAAAAACUACUAAAAAUAGAACUAAAAGUCCUAAAACUACUAGAACACGUAAAACUAGUAGAAGACUAAAAACCACUAGAGAAAAAACCACUAAACCUAGAACUUCUUCUAGAACUACUAGAACACAUAAAACGACUAAACCGAAUACUAAAAAAAGAACUAAAAGUCCUAAAACUACUAGAACACGGAAUACUACUAGAAGACUAAAAACCACUAGAGCAAAAACCACUAAACAUAGAACUUCUUUAAGAACAACUCGAACACAUAAAACCACUCAACCAAAAACUACUAAAAAAACAACUAGAAGACCAAAAACCAGCAAAGCGAAAACUACUAAACCUAGAACGUCUUCUAGAACUACUAUAACACAUAAAACAACUAAACCGAAAAGUACUAAAAAAAGAACUAAAAGUCCUAAAACUACUAGAACACAUAAAAUUACUAGAAGACUAAAAACCACUAGAGAAAAAACCACUAAACGUAGAACGUCUUUAAGAACUACUAGAACACAUAAAACCACUCAACCAAAAACUACUAAAAAAACAACUAGACGACCAAAAACCACCAAAGCGAAAACUACUAAACCUAGAACGUCUUCUAGAACUACUAGAAAACUUAAAACAACUAAAUCGAAAACGAUUAAAAAAAGAACUAAAAGUCCUAAAACUACUAGAACACAUAAAACAAUUAAACCGAAAACUACUAGAAAAAGAACUAAAAGUCCUAAAACUAAUAAAAUACUAAAAACUACUAGAAGACCAAAAACCACUAGAGCGAAAAUUACUAAACCUAGAACAUUUUUAAGAAAUACUAGAACACAUAAAAUCACUCAACCAAAAACUACUAAAAAAACAACUAGAAGACCAAAAACCACCAAAGCGAUAUCCAUUAAACCUCUAACAACUAAAAGUCCUAAAACUACCAGAACACGUAAUACUACUAGAAGACUAAAAACCACUAGAGCAAAAAUCACUAAACGUAGAACGUCUUUAAGAACUACUAGAACACAUAAAACCACUCAACCAAAAACUACUAAAAAAACAACUAGAAGACCAAAAACCAGCAAAGCGAAAACCACUAAACCUAGAACGUCUUCUAAAACUACUAGAAGACUAAAAACCACUAGAGCAAAAACCACUAAACGUAGAACGUCUUUAAGAACUACUCGAACACAUAAAACCACUCAACCAAAAACUACUAAGAAAACAACUAGAAGACCAAAAACCACCAAAGCGAUAACCACUAAACCCAUAACGUCCUCUAGAACUACUAGAACACAUAAAACAACUAAACCGAAAACUACUAAAAAAAGAACUAAAAGUCCUAAAACUACUACAACACGGAAAACUACUAGAAAAUCAAAAACCACUAGAGCAAAAACGACUAAACCUAGAACGUCUUUAAGAAUUACUCGAACACAUAAAACCACUCAAACAAAAACUACUAAAAAAACAACAAGAAGACCAAAAACCACCAAAAUGAAAACCACUAAACCUAGAACUUCUUCCAGAACUACUAGACCACAUAAAACAACUAAAUCGAAAACGACUAAAAAAAGAACUAAAAGUCCUAAAACUACUAGAACACGGAAAACUACUAGAAAACUAAAAACCACUAGAGGAAAAAUUACUAAACCUAGAACGUCUUUAAGAACUACUCGAACACAUAAAACCACUCAACUAAAAAUUACUAAAAAUACAAGUAGAACAAAAACAAUUAAAGCGAAAUCCAUUAAACCUAUUACGUCUUCUAGAACUCCUAGAACACAUAGAAUAACAAAACCGAAAACUACUAAAAAACGAACUAAUAGUCCUAAAACUACUAGAACACGGAAAACUACUAGAAAACCAAAAACCACUAAACCUAGAACGACUUUAAGAAUUACUCGAACACAUAAAACCGUUCAACCAAAAACUACUAAAAAAACAACUAGAAGACCAAAAACCACCAAAGCGAAAACCACUAAACCUAGAACGUCUUCUAGAACUACUAGAACACAGAAAACAACUAAACCGAAAACUACUAAAAAAAGAACUAAAAGUCCUAAAACUACUAGAACCCGGAAAACUACUAGAAAACUAAAAACCACUAGAGCAAAAAUCACUAAACCUAGAACAUCUUUAAAAACUACUCGAACACAUAAAACAACUCAACCAAAAACUACUAAAAAAACAACUAGAAGACCAAAAUCCACCAAAGUGAAAACAAUUAAACCUAGAACGUCUUCUAAAAAUACUAGAACCAGGAAAACUACUAGAAAACUAAAAACCACUAGCGCAAAAAUUACUAAACCUAGAACAUCUUUAAGAACUACUAGAACACAUAAAAUCAGUCAACCAAAAACUACUAAAAAAACAACUAGAAGACCAAAAACCACCAAAGCGAUAUCCAUUAAACCUAUAACGUUUUCUAGAAUUCCUAGAACACAUAAAAUAACAAAACCGAAAAAAAGAACUAAAAGUCCUAAAACUACUAGAACACGGAAUACUACUAGAAGACUAAAAACCACUAGAGCAAAAAUCACUAAACGUAGAACGUCUUUAAGAACUACUAGAACACAUAAAACCACUCAAUCAAAAACAACUAAAAAAACAACUAGAAGACCAAAAACCACCAAAGCGAAAACCACUAAACUUAGAACUUCUUCUAGAACUACUAGAACACAUAAAACCACUCAACCAAAAACUACUAAAAAAACAACUAGAAGACCAAAAACCACCAAAGUGAUAACCACGAAACCUAGAACUUCUUCCAGAACUACUAGAACACAUAAAACGACUAAACCGAAUACUACUAAAAAAACUAAAAGUAUUAAAACUACUAGAACACGGAAAACUACUAGAAGACUAAAAACCACUAAAUCAAAAACCACUAAACGUAGAACGUCUUUAAGAACAACUCGAACACAUAAAACCACUCAACCAAAAACUACUAAAAAAACAACUAGAAGACCAAAAACCACCAAAGCGAAAACCACAAAACCUAAAACGUUUUCUAGAAAUACUAGAACACAUAAAACAACUAAACCGAAAAUUACUAAGAAAAGAACUAAAAGUCCUAAAACUACUAGAACACGGAAAACUACUAGAAGACUAAAAACCACUAGAGCAAAAACCACUAAACGUAGAACGUCUUUAAGAACUACUCGAACACAUAAAACCACUCAACCAAAAACUACUAAAAAAACAACAAGAAGACCAAAAACCACCAAAGCGAAAACCACUAAACCUAGAACGUCCUCUAGAACUACUAGAACACAGAAAACAACUAAACCGAAAACUACUAAAAAAAGAACUAAAAGUCCUAAAACUACUAGAACCCGGAAAACUACUAGAAAACUAAAAACCACUAGAGCAAAAAUCACUAAACCUAGAACAUCUUUAAGAACUACUCGAACACAUAAAACUACUCAACCAAAAACCUCUAAGAAAACAACAAGAAGUACAAAAACCACCAAAGCAAAAACUACUAAACCUAGAACAUCUUCUAGAACUAACAGAACUACUAGAAUCCCUAUAAAAUCCAAGAUAUUAACUAGUAGAAAGACAACAACAAUUACAACUAAAUCAACAAGACCACAAACCACUAGGGUUAUAUCAAGUACUAAAAGACAUAAAUUGUCUAUCCCUAAAACUACCCGAAAAACUAGUAUAACAUCCAAAGCCACUAAAAAAUUACCAAGAGCAACUAGAAUCGCCAAAACUAUCAGAAAAAUUAAAACGACUAGAGCAAAAACAACUAAAGCUAGAACGUCUAGGAAAACUACUAAGUCACAUGAAACCACUAGACAAAAAACUAAAACAUCAAUUAGAAGACAUAAAAAAUCGAGAAAACAUAAAACCACUAGAUCAAAAACGACUAAACCAAAAACGUCUAGAAAAAUUACUAGGAGCAAAAUUACUGUACGAAAAAUUACAAGAGGGCACAAAACUACUAGACUUACUAAACCCACUACAUCUACUAAGCCUACGACUAGUAAUAUUAAAAUUACCACCUAA